CUUCUUCAGUCAACACAGAGUAGAAGAAGAAGAAGAAAAUGGCGGAACGAGGCUACAGUUUCUCCCUCACCACAUUUAGCCCUUCUGGCAAACUGGUCCAGAUUGAAUAUGCGCUGGCAGCUGUAGCAGCCGGAGCUCCUUCAGUCGGCAUCAAAGCUUCCAAUGGAGUUGUCCUGGCAACAGAGAAGAAACAAAAGUCCAUUCUGUACGAUGAGCAGAGCGUCCAUAAAGUGGAGCCCAUCACCAAACACAUAGGCAUGGUCUACAGCGGCAUGGGGCCCGACUACAGGGUUUUAGUGCGACGAGCCCGGAAGUUGGCCCAACAGUACUUCCUGGUUUACCAGGAGCCAAUCCCCACAGGUCAGCUUGUCCAGAGAGUGGCCUCUGUAAUGCAGGAGUACACACAGUCUGGUGGGGUGCGUCCGUUUGGUGUUUCAUUGCUGAUAGCUGGAUGGGAUGAAGACCACCCCUACCUGUUCCAGUCAGACCCCUCUGGCGCAUACUUUGCAUGGAAAGCCACCGCCAUGGGAAAGAACUACGUUAAUGGAAAAACAUUCCUUGAAAAAAGGUACAACAACGAUCUGGAGUUGGAAGAUGCCAUCCACACAGCCAUCUUGACAUUGAAGGAGAGUUUUGAGGGUCAGAUGACGGAGGAGAACAUUGAGGUGGGGAUCUGUAACGAGGCCGGCUUCAAAAGACUCACCCCAGCGGAGGUGAAGGACUACCUGGCAGCCAUCGCGUGAACAUGACCUCCCUGAUGACGGGGCUCUCUGGCCACAUUUCAAGACGUAACAGCACAGUAGCCAACAGUGUCACGUUAUUGUAGACCAGUUAUUCAGAGAGUUUGGCCGCAUUGUGUUUCUGUCCUGAAAACAUGAGCGGCUAUAACUUCACUAUAAUCCAAAUUAUUAAUUAAUUAAAUUAUGAGCUGGUAGAAUCAGACCUCCUGUUUAGGAUUAUGCCCAGACCUAAUUUACUUGAAAUGACAUCCUUUUGUGUGCAUGUGCACAGCUCAUGUGGUGUCCACUCACAACUGAACUGACCAAACUCCGUUAGUUGCUGUGAGAUGGCAAACUCAUUUUUAUCACAUAAGUAAUUGACUUUGUUGUCAAACACAUGUGACGUGUGGCAGUUGGCUGCUGUGCAUAUGAACAGGAAUGUGGCCUCUGAUGAGUGAAAUCUCAAGUCUUUCAUUGAAUCCUUCAAUUUUCCUAUUUCUCAUUACUGUUGCAAAGGCAAUGCUAUCGGAUUACAAAUCGACCACUGUUGCUUUACGCAUGUAUUCAAAAUAUGAUUACUUGUAACCGUUGUGACAAAUGCCCUUUGGAUGAACACAAAUGAAAACAUUAACAUGGUAAUGAGGCUAACAGUUAUUUCAUUAGUAUCUCUCAAACACUAGUAAUUAUCAUCAAUAAAAGGGAGGAGGCAAUGGAAAGCUUUGUGAUUUUACAGUUAGGAUCUGGUUGCCUGUACAGCAGUUUUACACAAUGUACUUUUUUUCAGGCUAGAAACAAUUCUAGAGUUUGUAUUUUCUCUUCUGGUAUCUGUCACUUAUUCAAAUAAAAGAUGAGCUGAUAUUGA